CGGCGGCCCUGGUGAUGUCAGCUCUCGACGAAAAUAGAGAGGGAUCGCCUGCAAAUCCCCAGCUCCGGCGGGGCUAAACCUUGCAAUCCCUCCCCGGCCGGCGCCGAGCCAGGGUGCAGGGGCCUCCACCGCCUCCCCUGGCGCGCGCACACACACCGCACACGCGCGCACGCACGCACCCACUCCCUUGCACACCCACCGCACACACUCGCCGCCCUCCCCCCUGCCACCGUCCUCCGAGCCCGCGCUCCGCCACGCGACGAGCCCCACAGCAAACACAGGUGGCCCCGGCUGCACGCCGUCCCGCGCCCCCUCCUGCAGCCCGGGGGCGGCGCUCUCUCGGGGAAGCCACCCUCUAAGCACCCGCACUCCCCCGCCCUCCAUCCAGAGCACCCAGCCAAGCGACACCGAGGCCGGCGGAGGGAGCGCGGGACGCGCGCAGCGGAAAGCGGGGACGCGGCUUAGAGCCGGCUGGAGCCUCCUGCGCGCGUUGAGGCGCUAAAGGGCUUACCCAGGAGGGGGGUGGAAGGGCGGGGAGAUUCUCCCCCCUUAAAUACUGCGCUCGGCUGCACUCGUGCGCUCACCCCGGCACCCGCUCACUCCUCGCCUGCCGCUGCCGGAUUGUGCCGAAGAGGAGGGGGCGUUACCCCAGGACAUGGCAUCCACGGAAGGUGCCAACAACAUGCCCAAGCAGGUGGAAGUACGGAUGCAUGACAGCCACCUGAGUGCGGAGGAGCCAAAGCCGCGGCAUCUGGGGCUGCGCUUGUGCGACAAGCUGGGGAAGAACCUCCUGCUCACCCUGACCGUGUUCGGUGUCAUCCUGGGGGCAGUAUGUGGAGGACUUCUUCGCUUGGCAUCUCCUAUCCACCCAGAUGUGGUUAUGUUAAUAGCCUUCCCAGGGGAUAUACUCAUGAGGAUGCUGAAAAUGCUCAUUCUCCCUCUCAUCAUCUCCAGUUUAAUCACAGGGUUGUCGGGCCUGGAUGCUAAAGCCAGCGGCCGCUUAGGCACAAGAGCUAUGGUGUACUACAUGUCCACAACCAUCAUUGCCGCGGUGUUGGGGGUCAUCCUUGUCCUGGCCAUCCACCCAGGCAACCCCAAACUCAAGAAGCAACUGGGGCCUGGGAAGAAGAAUGAUGAAGUGUCCAGCUUAGAUGCCUUUUUGGACCUUAUUCGGAAUCUCUUCCCUGAAAACCUUGUUCAAGCCUGUUUUCAGCAGAUUCAAACAGUGACGAAGAAAGUCCUGGUGGCCCCUCCAUCAGACGAGGACAGCAAUUCCACCAACGCUGUCCUCUCGCUGUUGAAUGAGACUGUGACCGAGGCUCCAGAGGAGACCCAGGUGGUCAUCAAGAAGGGCCUGGAGUUCAAGGACGGCAUGAAUGUCUUAGGUCUGAUAGGGUUUUUCAUUGCUUUUGGCAUUGCCAUGGGGAAGAUGGGCGAGCAGGCCAAGUUGAUGGUGGAAUUCUUCAACAUUUUGAAUGAAAUUGUAAUGAAGUUAGUGAUCAUGAUCAUGUGGUACUCUCCCCUGGGUAUUGCCUGCCUAAUCUGUGGGAAGAUCAUUGCAAUCAAGGACUUAGAAGUGGUUGCUAGGCAACUGGGGAUGUACAUGAUCACGGUGAUUGUCGGCCUCAUCAUCCAUGGGGGGAUCUUUCUCCCCUUGAUUUACUUUCUAGUGACCAGGAAAAACCCUUUCUCCUUUUUUGCUGGCAUUUUCCAAGCUUGGAUCACUGCCCUGGGUACCGCUUCCAGUGCCGGAACUUUGCCCGUCACCUUCCGCUGCUUGGAAGAAAAUCUGGGGAUCGAUAAGCGCGUGACUAGAUUUGUCCUGCCAGUCGGAGCGACCAUUAACAUGGAUGGCACGGCCCUUUAUGAAGCGGUGGCUGCCAUCUUCAUAGCCCAAAUGAAUGGCGUCGUCCUAGAUGGAGGCCAGAUUGUGACCGUAAGCCUCACGGCCACGCUGGCCAGCGUUGGUGCAGCCAGUAUUCCCAGUGCUGGGCUGGUCACCAUGCUCCUUAUCCUGACGGCUGUGGGUCUGCCGACCGAGGACAUCAGCCUGCUGGUGGCCGUGGACUGGCUGCUGGACAGAAUGAGAACGUCUGUCAAUGUUGUGGGUGACUCUUUUGGGGCUGGGAUUGUCUAUCACCUCUCCAAGUCUGAGCUGGACACCAUUGACUCCCAGCACCGAGUGCAUGAAGAUAUCGAAAUGACCAAGACUCAGUCCAUUUAUGAUGACUUGAAGAACCAUAGGGAGAGCAACUCAAACCAGUGUGUCUAUGCCGCACACAACUCAGUCAUAGUAGAUGAGUGCAAGGUAACUCUGGCAGCCAAUGGAAAGUCAGCCGACUGCAGUGUUGAGGAAGAACCUUGGAAACAUGAAAAAUAAGGAUAUGACUCUCAGCAAAUUCUUGAAUAAACCCCCCAACGUAUCUUAUGGUAAAAGAGGAUAUAAACAAGCUUUCUUUAAAAAGAAAAAAAUACAUCUAUUUCUGUUUACUUAAUCUAUUAGCUGAGGCUUAGAGGAUCUGUUGUGAGUCAGUGACAGGCACGGUGCUGUGUGUCAUUGCCAAAUAAUGCUUCGUAAAUGUCUCAUUUUCUCACUUGUAUUAUUGUUUGAAUGGAUGCUGCUGGAGGAAUCAGUUUGAAUUGAAGAUGCAUUCUUGCCAGCUUCCCUUUUCUCUCAAGAUGCAGAAGCGCGGGUGCUCUUUUUUCCAGGAGACACAACUAAAGGCAUGUGGCACAUUCUGGGGAUUUGGAAUAAUGAGCAGACACUUGGCGUGUUACUCUUUCCAGUGUUCUCCAGCCGCACCUGGUAGCACACAAGAGAUUCUGUUGGAGCCUUUGUAAGAAAUCCCCUUCAAUGUCUUAAAGCGUUUGCCCUUGUGUUGGUGAAAAGAAAGUACCCAUCUUAGGGAACUCUGACAGUUUCUCUUCUGUUGAAUUUCUCUCUUUAAGUUGAAUGACUAAAUGUUUCAAAGAGAGUCACAUUUGGAGCCAUGUCUUAAAAGCAGCCUAUUAUGGAACCCACUGAGUCUCUGCUCUACCCCACCUAGUAUAUGGGAAUAAUUGUUGAAUUUCAAAGUAUGUUUCAUAACUUGCUCUAAAUUCAGUAAUGGAUUAGGAUGUAGCUUACAUAAAAUUGCUGUAUAUAUUGACAACACUUAGAGAGCACAGUCAACACAACUUUUAACCAGAUUCAGAUUUGUUUGUGUUUGGGUUACAUCACCUUGUAUAGUGAAAUCAAGUGAGAUUAUUUGAUCUAUGCUUCACUGUCUUUAUUUUGACCAUAAAAUUUUUAUUUGGGUUUCUACCUAAAAAAAAGACAUUCUUCAUCUCCAAAUUAUUUCUGUCAUAUUCUCAUCAGACUAAAAGACUUAAUCAUUUUACUGUCCUCACAGAUGGAAAACAGUUACGUUGGCUGUGCCUCUUUUAAUACUAAUCUCAUGAUAAAAGCAAAUCCAAAACACGGUUAGUUAUUUAAUAUGUAGAAAGCUUUUUAUUAUAUUUUAUCAAAGCACCUAAAACCAAUUACAGGACAUAGUUGAAAGCAGAACCCAUCUUCCUCCCCAGUCUUCUCUGUGGAAAGAACCAGUAAACAAACAUAUGUGCAAAAUCCUAUAAAGAUGACAUUUCUACGGCAAAGUCAAGGCAGCCUUGAACCAUAGAGUAGGGAAAAAGGGUGGCUUUACGGAACUUCACAGAUGGAGUCUUUUCCAAGCUGUGGAAGUUUGAGGGGAUACAUAAUAUAAUACUGGAGGAACUCAUCAGUGCCUUGCAUGCUAUAGGCAUCUCCAAGCUACGUUUUGCAGUGUCUCUACUAUCAUUUUCUAUUGAACAACCCGCAGUAUUUUCGUAAGGUAGCUGGCUUUGGGAGUUUGCUAAGGAUUACUUGAACAUACAUCACUGAGAAAUAAGGCACACUUGACUCUAAGGAAUGUUGAAAACCUUGGUCCAGUGUGGGGGCAGGGUGAUCAUCCGAGGCCAGCAGAUGUAUGCUGAGAUAUUCAUGAAUAGCUGUAGAGUCCAGGUUUUCACAGGAGAAGGUGUUUAUGGACAUCACAUGCCCUUCAUUGCCUACUCCUUGUGACCUUACUCUUCCACGUAGGGAAACUUUGGAACACACAAGAGACAUGAGAUUCUAGUAGUUUUGUCUCUUAAGCCCUAGUUUGUUUUUUUUUAAAAUAACAAUCACUAUUGAGCAGUAUUAAGUAGCUCUUUGCUUUUUUUUUAAAAAAAAUAAUGCAUUGGUCUUCAUUUUCAUUAGCUGGACAGUUAAGAGGGUGGCCAAGGGCUUGCUGAAAUGUAGUAGUGGCAAAUGCCUCCUUUAUAGUAGAUGUCAUGGGUUGUAAGGAUGGUUCCUGGAUUUAACUGUGAAACUGUUAACGAGUCUCUUUAAGUCGUGCUUCUGAGGGCAUUUUUUAUGGUGCGGAGAAGGAUGUAGCUGUCCAUCUAGGAACUUGUGGUUUUGUUGUUUUAGGCCAGCUUAGCACUUGAACAUACUGACAGGCUGCUCAAAGGAGUGGUCUCAAGAUUGUCUUCCAAAGAUUCUGCCUACAAGUCUUCCAUGACUGCUUGUCUUCAGUUUUUUCCUCGUCAUUGAGUUAGCCUAUACAUAUAUAAGGGGACAGUGUAUUCAGAAGAAACUAGGUGCUCAGCUUAACAAAGCGGAUUUUUCUAGUUUGAAACUGUAUGCAGUAAGUUUCAUGAGAAUAUCCUUAGGAAACUGGUUUAUUUGGAAGUUCAACAAAUCAGUUAAAAAUAAGCAGUUUCUCAAAUUCAGGAGUAGCUUGAAAACCCAGGGUGUACGUAGAACUGACAUGUGACUGUGUCCUCUGGUUUUUUAGGUCUCUCUUAUUCUUCUCAUGCCAUGCCCAUUGGGGUUUCCUUGUCCAGCCUGUGUGCCAUAAACAGGACAAGCAGAUCCAGAAUAUACCUCUAACAACCAUUUCUAAACAGGAUAUUAUAACUUGUCAGUUGUAUGCAUAGAUUUAUUUUAACAAGUCAA